AUGAACUAUGACACUGACGUACAGGCAAAGAUCCAGGAGAAGAUUGAGUCUGGGCUGCUGGUAACAAAAAACGAAAAACUACUGGCAGUGUGGGAGACGACCAAGGCUGCAUAUGAGGCUGCUUCAUCUGAAAUCAAGUCCUUAUGUAAGACGAAGGCUGCCGAGGAGCAGAAUGCCAAGAUCUCGGCGAUGUUGCCAGGGGCACGAGUGACUGAACAACCUACCAAUGCACAGUACGUGAAGGUGUUAGAAGAGUGUAUCGGUCCAAUCUCUCAAUUUUUGGAUGCGGUGAGGCAACUUACUGGCUGGGAGUGGACGGUCAUUGGUGGAGGCCCAGACCCUCGCCUUGGUGGUAUGCUCAAUGUAUCGAGCUAUCAUACAGGUGUCAACGAAUCUGGUCUUACAUGGAAGCAGGCAACACCGAAUUUUACAGAGAAACAUCUGAACCCUUAUCUGGGUUAUCUUGCGACAGUAUUCAGCGAGGAUGACAGGAAAAGGUGUGCUCUAGACUACGUCCCUCCAGUGGUGCAAGAUGAGAACACCUCAUUGGAAGAUGCAGUGCCAACAACGUCAGAGAGCACACAAUUGCACGUGCCAUUCACAUCGGAUUCGGCACAAUCAUUCACAUUGCACAUUGUCGCAGGUCCAGGAUCCGCUGGUGGAUCCAGUGGAGUGGCAGUCACAGGUCCUCCUAUCAUCCCUCAACCUCAACUCAACUCACAAGGACCCGAGUUUCCGUCAUUCAACAAUGGCAUGUAUUCUUUCUCUGGUGAGAAUUCUGGGACUCUCCCCCAGUUGACGCUAUCGCCUGUCCUUCAAACGCCAACACUGCCAGGGGGAUCAUUCCCAUCCAAUUCCACAUUAGCGCUUCCUUUGCCAUCUCUCUCACCUAUCACAUCAUGGAAUGAGGGGUACUGGAACUUGAUGCCACCGCUUCAUAUGGCCCCCUUGAAUCAAUCCGACGUACUUCCCUAUAACUUCAACUUCUAUUCUCCCCCUUCCUUGGACGGUGCACAUGGAGGCCAACCUCACAUCGUUUCAAACCAACCUCAUGUCGUCCAACCUCACAUCGUUUCGAACCCCAUCAACUUCCCUAGUACCACAGCACUAAAUCCUUCUUACAUGGAUACUUCUCUGCAACAACCAGCCCUUCACAAUGUGACUGCUCACGCUCCCCAGGCCAACAAUUCUGCCUUGAAUCCUACGACGUCCGCUGCCCUGGAACAACCCAGGCAAGUACAAGCUGGAGUGGACAAGCACAUGUGUGCUACUUUGGCAUCCGCUGCCCUGGAACAAGUACAAGCUGGAGUGGAUGAGGUAGACGAGUGCGUGUGCGCUACUUCAGCUGGUGAGAAUCGUGCUAAGAAUAGUAGAGUGAGCAAAGAGAAGCAUCCGCAUCGAGUGGCAGUUCAGCCUUCUACUGAGCUUUCUACCUCGGAUGAUACCAUAACGGUGCCUCUACGCAAGACAACGCGGGUCCGUCAAGAGUCAACUCGUAUGGCCCAGGCAAAUAUGAUAGGUGCAACCAUGAAGAGACCUCACAUGGGCGAAAACGAGAGCGUCCCUCAAAAGAAGUAG